CCGGCGGUCGCCCGCACGCUCGCCGCGCCACACAUCCAUCCCUUUCCCGCAAACCGGUGCUACACACAGUGUGAAAGAAACGCAGUUGAAAAACGCUAGUUAACAAAACAAGUGUGAUGUCAUGCGGGAAUCGUAUGGGAUGUGAUCGUGCGAGCGUUGCGCUGUAGACAACAUGACCUCCUGGCUCGGGACCGCCCUCCUCCUCCUCUUUGCUAUGGGUGGUGAGGGCCAGGAGCACGGGCCGGUGUUCCUGUUGGAGCCGCCAGCGCGCCUCGCUUUCUCCAACAGUACGGGCGCGCGCGUGUCGUGUGCGGCGCACGGCUCACCCAGUCCCGCCAUCACCUGGCAGCUGCCCGAUGGAACGCCGGUGGAUGACGUGCCUGGACUCAGACAAGUGCUGGAGAACGGCACAUUGGUGUUUCUGCCGUUCUCAGCGGCGCAGUACCGGCAGGAAGUGCACGCUGCGCUGCUCCGCUGCCGGGCGCACAACGCACACGGCGCCAUCCUGUCCAGAGACAUGCGGGUGCACGCCGUGGUAUGGCAAGAAUGGCAGACGCAGGUGACCGCAACCCGCGCUGCGCUGGGCGGGCCGGCGCUGCUGAGCUGCGCAGCGCCCGCCUCACUCCGCGACCACGCGUCAGUCGCAGCCUGGUACCAAGACGACGCCGUCCUCACACCCGCUGAACACCUCUCGGGACCCACACUGUUAUUGGAUGAGGGGUGGCGGCUGCUGGUGCGCGGUGUGCGGGCGGAAGAGGCGCGCGCGCAGUACGCGUGCUCCGUGCUCGACGCGCUUACCGGCGAGCGUCGCAGGAGCCCCCCGGCCACCAUCGAAAUCGUUCCAAUGAGCGUGGCGACUGCUCCAAGAGCCUUGCUGCCGGGCCCGUGGGAGACUAGCGUGCGGCGUGGCGGCGACGUUGUGCUUCCCUGUCUCGUCUCUGCCAACCCUCCGUCUACCGUCAGCUGGUACCGCGAGUCAGCCGGGGGCGUGCUGCGCGAGGUGCGAGCGGGCGAGGCGGGCGAGGCGGGAGGGCGGUACACUGCGGCGGCGGACGCCCUGGCCGUGCGCCGCGCCGAGCCGGCUGACGCGGGCCGCUGGGCCUGCCGCGCCGCCAACCAGCACGGCCACAUCACGCUGCGUCUGCACCUCUCGCUCCGAGCACAUCUCACUGUCCACGUACAGCCGCACACACAGGUGGUGAACAGCGGCGGCACGGCGACUAUGAACUGUACGUGGAGCGGGUGGCCGGCGCCGCGGUUGGAGUGGCUGCACGAUGGGACACCGGUGCGCGCGGGCGCGGCGGGCCGCCUGCGCGUGCUGGUGGGCGGCGCGCAGCUGGUCGUUCCCGCCGUGCGCCGCGCCGACCAAGGCGUCUACCAGUGCGUGGCGCGCAGCGAGCGCGAUUCCGCACAGGCCAGUGCCGAGCUGCGACUCGGAGACACAGCACCGGAGUUGCAGUACACGUUCAUCGAGCAGGUGUUGCGGCCGGGCCAGGUAGUCACCCUCAAAUGCUCCGCCACUGGCGCGCCGCCGCCGCACUUCACCUGGCUGCUCGACGGACAGCAGCUCAACACCAUGAGCCGAGGACACAGAUACAGUGUUGAACAAUUCGCGACGAAGACCAACGACGUGGUGAGCUACUUGAACAUAUCGUCGGUGCGCUCAGAAGACGGCGGCCUCUACACUUGCCGGGCGGCCAACUCCCUCGGGGACGUGUCCCACACCUCCAGACUGAAUAUAUACGGGCCGCCGUACGUGAGAUCGAUCGGGCCCAUUCGAGCGGUGGCGGGCCGGGAGCUCGUAUUGUACUGUCCCUAUUCAGGCUAUCCAAUCAGUUCUGUGAAGUGGGAGCGAGACGGCAGUCAGGUAGAGUGGGACGGCAAUGCGGAAGGCGCGUUGCGUUUGGCGCGCGUCGAGCCCUCGCACGCCGGCGCCUACGCGUGCGCGGUCUCUGGCCCACACGGCGAGAUCGCGCGCCGGGAGCUGCAGCUCGUCGUCAGCAAUCCUCCUGAGAUCGAGCCGUUCUCUUUCUCCGCCAACUUGCAAGAAGGCAAGAGAGCGCAGGUGAGCUGCAGUGUGACGUCGGGCGACAUGCCCGUGCACUUCACCUGGCUCAAGGACAACACCCCCAUUCCUUCCACUCUGCAGGUGGAAGAGCGAGGUGCUGAUUUUUUCAGCAAUCUUGUGUUCAAGGAAGUGUCUGCCCGCCACAGCGGUCUUUACACGUGUGUGGCCUCCAAUACCGCUGCUAAAGUUAACUAUACCGCAGAACUGGUAGUUAAAGUGUCACCCAAGUGGGUGAGGGAACCAAGAGACGAGGCAGUGCUGGCGGGGGAGCCGUUAGCGCUGCACUGCCAGGCCACAGGCUCCCCGCCACCUCAACUCACCUGGCUCAAGCAGAGAGUCGGAUCCCCCGCGGAAUUUGUGCCGCUGGUGAACCUCGGCGGACGUCUGCAGUUCCUGGGCAACGGCUCGCUGUGGCUGGAAGGGGCAUUGCCCUAUGACGAGGGUCACUACAUGUGCCGCGCUGAGAACGGCGUCGGUUCGCCCCUCACCAAAACUAUAUUUGUCGCCAUCAAUGAGCCGGCGCGGUUCGAGCUGACGUCGCACAAUGUGUCGGCGCGGCGCGACGCGGCCGCCACACUGACAUGCGAGGCGCGGGGGGACGCGCCGCUGCGGCUUACCUGGACACGCGGCCCGCGCCCACUGGACCUAACUACAUACAGGCUUAGCAUAUCGGAGGCAAAGACCGACAGCGGCUUGCGGUCGCAACUGUACAUCAGCCGCGCGGAGCGGCAGGACUCCGGCGUCUAUAAGUGCCAGGCAGUCAACGCCUUCGGACAUAGCGACCACUACAUUUACCUUUCCGUCCAAGAGAAGCCCGAGACGCCGCAGUCGCUAUCAGUGACGGAGAUCCUGAGCCGCGCGGUACGGCUGGCUUGGAGCCAGGGCUUCGAUGGCAACUCCCCGCUGCAGGCCUACACCGUGCAGCACUGUGCGCUCUCCGUCCGCGCCGCGCACUGGGACACCGCCACCACGCUCAACGUCUCCGUCCACGACGCCCACGCCGCCCACAUCGCCCACAUGCCCCACGUUGGGAACGCACCGCACUCACAUAUCGUACUUACUAAAAAAGGCGACAUUCACUACGAGGCUCUGUUGGGCAACCUCAAACCUCACACCGCUUACAUGAUCCGCAUCGCCGCAAUCAAUGAGAUCGACCGCAGCGCGUACACGGAACCUGUCGUUGUUAAGACUCAAGAAGAAGCGCCGUCGGAGGCGCCGAGUAACUUGCAGGUGACGGCGGGUGGGCCCGGCGAGCUGCACGUGGCGUGGCGGGCGCCGGCACGCGACGCCUGGCACGGCGACCUGCUUGGCUACUCCGUCACAUGCACCGAGCUGGGGCCGGCGGGGUCGCCCGACCUGCCCGCCCUGCCCGCGCUGCCCGCCUCGCCCGCACUCGCCGGCAACGCCUCCCGGACUCUGACAGUGAACGGGUGGUCCGCCACUGAGUUGAGUCUGUCAGCCCUGAAGAAGUUCACGCGGUACGAGGUGCGCGUGCGAGCCUUCAACGGUGUGGCGGCCGGCCCGGCCUCCGCUCCGGUCACUGCCACUACGCUAGAAGGAGUUCCAGAGUCGCCACCGACGCGCGUGUCGUGCUCGGCGCUGUCAUCGUCCAGCAUAAAGGUGUCGUGGAGUCCGCCACCUCACGAGCACCGCGGCGGGAUCAUACAGGGCUACAAGGUCAUCUACGUACCCCUCACCAUAAAUCAUGCGGACGUGGCGGAGAUCAAGCGCGUAACGACGACAGACACGUACCUGCACACGCUGCACAAGUACACCAACUACUCGAUCCAGGUGCUGGCUUUCACCGGCGCCGGCGACGGCAAGCGCAGUGCUCCCGCCUACUGCAUCACCGAGGAGGACGUUCCCUCGGCGCCGGAAAAGAUAAAGGCGCUGGCGUACUCCAGCGACUCGGUCCUGGUCAGCUGGCUGCCACCGCUGCAUCCCAACGGCGUCAUAUCGCACUACACCGUCUACUUCAGGGAGGCGGGCAGGCUGGGGAAGCACUCCAGCUUCACGGUGUCGGCGGACAAGAACCCCGAACUGGAGCUAAUGUUCCAGGUGCGCAAUCUGCUCGAGAGCCAGAUGUACGAGUUCUGGGUGUCGGCCACCACGGGCUCCGGCGAGGGCGAGUCCACGCACGUUGUGGGUCUGGGCCCGAGCUCCCGAAUCCCGGCGCGCAUCGCGUCGUUCGGCGGGCGGCGGGCGGUGCGCGCGGGGCACGCCACGCUGCUGGCCUGCACGUGCGUGGGCGUGCCGGCGCCGCGCUCGCGCUGGGCGCACGGGCGCGCGCCUGUCACGCACCACGCCUUCUACCAGGUCACCCGCGCCGGACAUCUGCACAUUCGUGAGGUAAACGAGCAGUCUUCGGGCAACUUCUCGUGUACGGCCAGCAAUAGCAUCGGCGAGGACACGGUGGUGUAUGCGGUGGUAUCAGUGGCGCCGCCCGCUGCGCCGCUGCUCUCGCUGCAGUACACCACGGCCAGCACCGUGCGCCUGCACUGGCGCUUGCCAGCCGACAACCCGCAUCCGGUCCUGGGCUACGUUUUACACUACAAGCGAGCGUCGGAGAGCGAGUGGCACAGCGUGGAGCUGUCGCCCGAGCUGAGCUCCUACACCAUGGACAUGCUGAGAUGCGGCACCACUUACAACGCCAGGAUACAGGCACAGAACAAGAUCUCCCUUGGCCCGCCUAGCGAGAUACUCACAGCCACUACGCGAGGGGGUCUUCCGAAGCCGCCGAAGCCGGAGGAGCACGUGCACAUGAACUCGUCGGCAAUCAAGAUCAACUUUUACGCGUGGCGCGACGGCGGCUGCCCCAUCCUCGGCUUCCGCCUCGCGUACCGGCGCCUCGGCGACGACCACUGGAUAAAGGUGGGUGAGAGUCUGAGCGCAGCGAACUACGUGAUCGGCGCGCUGUCGCCGGCCACGUGGUACGAAGUACUGGUAGAGGCGCGCAACGAUGCUGGCGCCGAGCGUGUGCUGCUGCUCGCCGACACGCACACGCUCGCUGGAGGGCGCAUCCCGCCGCCGGCGCCGGCGCCCCCCGCGGCGGGUGGCGCACGCACGGCCUCGCUGCGCACGGUGCUGGUGUCGUGCGCCGCCAGCGCGCUCGUCAUCGCGCUCGCGCUCGCCGCCCUGCUCUGCCUGCUGCACGGCAAGCGAAGAUUUUUCUGCCUUUCGAGCGACCACUAUUUGCGCAACAACAGGAAGCUAAGCGAAAGCAACGAAGCCGAAAGAGAAAAGCUAAGAGAGGGACAAAAACUAUACUCUUCUUCUUCCAUCAACGGAAACGAGAAGUCGAACGAUGACUCGUCAGCGGAGUUGUACGAGAUAAGUCCGUACGCGACGUUCGGUGGCGGCGUGGGGGGAGGCGCGGGGGGCGGGGCGGCGGCGCACUCGCUGCAGUUCCGCACGUUGGCGCGCCGCGACGACGACGCCGCGCCGCCGCACCGCCGCCGCCGCCGUUGUGACCACUACAGAUACGAUGAAUCGAGUCUCUCAAACCGGUCCACGGUGGAGGCUCGCCACCGCAUGCGGGCGGCGUGCGCUGGCCCAGGCAGCGCAGGGCCCGGCGGCGCCACGCCGGCGGGCUGGCGGGAGCGGUCCGACUCCGACGACUAUAGUGACAGCGCCGCCAACACUACCACCAAAGGUUCGGGCGGCAGCGGCGGCGGCAGCGCGUACGGUAGCGGGCGACGCACCGCCAGCAGCGGGGGGCAGAACGGGAGCGACGGCCUCUCUGGCAGCUUCGCCCCUGUUCCUCCCGAUAUAUCUUCAUUAAUUGACAAAUAUCAACAAAGAAAAGAACAGGAACGUAGGGAAUGUACUAUCCAUGUAUAAAAGUGCCACGGUCCAAAGAUGUUUUUAUACCGAACUGAAGAACCAUUUUACAUGGCCUCUCUUGUGUUCACGUCUGUAUUUUAAGAAAAAACUUUUUAAGUAAAAGUGUAUAAAUGUGUAUAGAAUUUAUCUAAAAACUUGACCAGUAAUAGUAAAAAGUUUAAUCGACAUCGUUUGUUGCCAAGAACUGUUUCGUAUUGAAUAUGUUUGAUUCUACAAAUGCGAUUCUCAUGAACAAAUACAACACACUCGCACGAUAAAUAUCACAAUUUUUUAUUUCGAUGGACCGUGGAUGAGAUUUCGAAAAUAGCUACUGCCAAUUCAAUUAGAAAGAAAUUAAAAGAAUAUGAAGCGUAAGGACAAAAGAGUUAAAUGCUGAGCAGAAGAAACAAAGCAAAUAAGCCAGACUUUUUUGACUAAUGUAACUUUUUAAAACUGCCAUUGUCUAAAGCAAAUCAAUCACAUCUGUGGACAUUCUGGAGGAAAUUUUCAAAACUUAAACUGCGAUAUAAGUGAAAACUAAAAUGGCUUAAUGAUUUAUGUGAUGCCGCGAACAAACCCGCAUCGAUGAUGUUAGAAAAAUAUUGUUAUAUAGUUAUUUGAAUAUUGUGAUUUAUUUUAAUGCUGUUAACUCGAACAGUUUAGAUUUUAAAGUCUUCUACAUGUUGUACAUAUUAGAUACAUUGUAGAUAUGAAAUUGUACCCGAGUAAAAUACUACUGGAUGUUGCAUCUUGUAUUGAGGCAUUACAAGCGAUUUAUUACUUCUUGCUUCAAUGUGCAUAAACAAAUCCUACGAGUAUAAUCGUCUAUUAAGAAAAACUGCAAGUACAAACAAACAACCAUCUCAACAAGAAAUGAAGUGUAAAGAUCUAAAAAGUCCCAGGAAAAGUGUAGUCACGAGUGUCAAAUGUUUAUGUUUAUUAAAAGAAUCUUCAUUGUCUUUACUAACAAGAUAAACAUUUACUGGUAUUUGCUCUAUAGAUUAAACAAAUCAAGAUUUGCUGAAAGACAGAUGCCAUUAAAUGGCUAUCAUCUAAAUUUUCUUAAAAACUCGUAAACUUGCAAAUUGUCCAGUCCAUGCGAAAUCCGCCCAUACCUUCUUACUCGUACAUCUUAUAUCUCCAACUAUUACAUUGUAAAAUCGGCCAGUUUUGUGCACGCUUGUAGGGUCUUCUAGGAUCUUUUGGUGCACCACAAAAAAGUAACUUUAAUCUUGAUAUAUUUUCUCUUAUAAUUAUGAUAAUGUGAUGUGUUUAAUCAAAACAGUAUGAUUUUAUAUAUUUUGUUACUCUUGCAGCAAAUCUUGAGGUAUUUUCAAAGUUUUAUGUGCAUCUGCUGCAAUUGCGCCGUCAAUGUGCGUUUUGGCGCUGUCAUGCUUCAGAGCUUAUUAGGUUAUAUUAUAAUGUUGUUUAACCAUGUUAGGGCCUAAAGAAAAGGCUUUUUUAUAUUUUAUUACUAUAGAACAUUUUAUAGUUAUGGUGAAUUUAAUUAUAGAAAAAUGACAUUCAAACUUAAUAUGGACUGGGAGUGAGUAUACUAAAGUUUAGAUUUAUCUUCUUUUUUUUUAAAUUAACCUACAAAUAGUGGAUCUCAAUCUCAAAUGAUUUCAUUGUUUUCAAACGUUUGUCGGCCAUGAUGCAUUUUCUAGUCGCUGGUGUCGCUUCACGUCUCGGAUGCACGUAAAACUGUUUGUAUUUAGUGAAAUUAACUAGAUCUAAGUAUAAUUAAGACACGGCUGUUCCAAACCGCAAAAGAUACAUAUCAUUAUAAUAGACUGCUAAAUUUAUAAGUGAUUCGUAAUUCUUUUUACUGUAUUGUUGAAUAAUAUAGUUAAUUAGCUAAUAAUUAUACACUAUUGUAUAAAAAUCUUUCUAUAUACAUGUUGUGUAAUAAUAAAAUUAUUAUUAAAUUUAGAAUGGAGAACGGAAAU